AAACCAAAUAAGAGAAUAAUAUAUUUGUUGAAUGCAAAUAAGACAUAUAUAUAGAUAUAUAAAUCAAGUGCGAAAUAUGUGUGAUUCGGUCGCUGCUCCCGAUCAGCGCAACGUUGAGAUCAAGGCGCGCAUACCCGGCGGUCCGCGUGAGUUCGAACGCCGGCUGGCCAUUGCGCGCCAGCUAACGAGCUCAGAUGGCGAGCUUAUUAUCCAACGUGACGUCUUCUUUAAUUCACCAAAGGGUGGCCGGUUAAAGUUGCGCUAUUUACAGCCGCCUGCACGCUCACAGUUGGUCUACUACGACAGACCCGACGUAGCCGGCCCAAAGCUCUCCAGAUACAACAAAAUCGAUGUGGACGAACCGGCCGUGCUGGAGAAAAUGCUCGGCCAGUCGAAUGGUGCGUUGGGCGUGCUGGCAAAACGUCGCCUGCUCUUCCUGCAUGAGCAAACGCGCAUUCACAUGGACGAUGUGCAGGAUCUGGGCCAUUUCAUGGAAUUCGAAGUGUGCCUCCGACCUGAGCAGACCCUGCAACAGGGCCAGGAUAUUGCCGAGCAGCUGAGCCGCACAUUUGGUAUUACCGCCGAAGAUUUGAUGACGGGCUCCUAUUUCGAUGCCCUGAACAAAGGCGGCGAUUCAUGAACUCUGCCUUUCAUUAUCUU